AUGAGAAGGAGAUAAGACUCAUUAAAUACAUCAAGGAGCUCUAUUAGCAACAAACUAAUAACUACUUUAAAUGACUCAAGAAUAUUGAAACAGAGUCUCAAUCCUUUAUUCAAUAUAUAUCAAAUAGAGAUGAAUUAUAUUUGGUGUUAAUCUUGCUAGAUGAAUUUAUUUGAGAAGGAUGUCUAUAAUCAUAUUUAUGAAGAUUAACACAUACAUAUUUUAUAGAAGUAGUUCAUGAGGAAAAAUAUAAAAUCAGCAUCUUAUCAUCAAUAACAACAUGGAAUCAAAUUAGAAAUCAAGUAGAAGUCAUUAUCUUAAUAAUCAAUAUUAAAAAGAACUUAAUAAGAUAAUUUGAAUAAAAGUAUAGAGAUUACAAUGAGACAAUCUAUUAAAUCACUUAAAUAAUUUGUCAGUAAAUUGAUUGAAGAUUUAAAUCAAAUUGGUUAUAGUAAUCUAUCACUUGUAUAGUAAAAAUGAUUUAUUAUCUUAAAUUAUUUUGAAUUCCAAUUCAAAUUAAUAAAAAAUAUAUAGGAACAUGUCUAAUUGUUUUUUUGAGUGAAACUUAAUGUAACAUAAAUAUGUUUAACGAAUUGACAUUUUAAGAAAUAUUUGAUAAACGUUAAUUCUUUGUUAUACAAAAGAAUAAAGGACCUUGUUAUUCAAUUAAUAAAUAGAGAAUUCCAGAAUUUUUGAAAUUGUAUAUAUAGAAAAAUCUUGGAUCAAAUAAAAGAAUAUUAGAUUAGAAUUAGAAAUAUAUAGGACGAUAAUUAAAUUAAAUGUUAAGAAAAUGUUGUCGAUUAAUAGCAAGUAAUACAAAGGAUAAGGAGUAUCAAUUAUUUUUAAAUGGAUUGAAAUUAAAAGAAAUAAAGGGUUUGUCUAUUCAAUAUUCAAGUGACAUUAAGAAUUAAUUGUAGACAGAGAGGAGUGAGAAGAUUUAUAACAUUUAAUAGAAUGUAAAGGAAUAAUGGGAGAAUGUUCUAUAAAGAUUGGGAGACUAAAGAUAAAAGAAUAUUAGAAUUGUAAUUAAAUCUAAAGUCUAAAAUUGA